GCCAGAGUUCCAAAUUUUGAACUUUAAGGUAUUUAUUCAAUCUAGUAAACGGUAUAGGCGAUCAGAAAGCCUGGUUUCACUCCCCUACCUCCGGAGCGCCACAUAAAUAAUUGCAACGCUCGCCUCCCCUACAACAUUUGAUCCGCAGUGCAAUUCAGACCCAUCAGACUGCUUUUGGCCAUGAGCAAAAAAGCCAAAGGUCCUCUGAAAAUUUUACCGCCAAGAGGUCCUUCCGACAUGGCUAAACCCGUAUCGGGCCAACGACCUGUAUCUCCGAAUUCUUCCAAAGACAACGCUGCAUCAGAGUCUGAUGUCGACAAGGUUGUAAGCGCAACUGGAGAUUUCCUGUCCCAGCCGCCAUCUGCCCCUGUCUGGUCUAUGCGUUCCUACUGGCCCACGUCGUUUAGACCCGGCACAAGCUCUGAGAUCAAGGAUAAGGAGAUUUCGCAGCCAGCCAAACUUCUUUCAAACACUCUUCACAACUCAGACAAUCACACUGAUGCCAUCUUGUUCAAACCUCAUAUUGCCGGCGAAGAGGUGCCGUCAAAUGCUGUAGACACCUCCAAAGCCUCGAACAUUAUCGUCCCAGAGAUAGCCCACGUCUUGCCGAAGUAUUCUCUCUUGGGUAGUAUGUAUAGCUUUGUAUCCGAGAAACUUCACACACCCACCAAUGAACCCCACUUGUUUCAUAUGCCCAACCCUACGCUCAAGCCCAUUAAGCGCGUCCUCAUCAUUGGGGUGCACGGCUUCUUCCCCAACAAGUUUUUGAGACCGAUCAUUGGCCAUCCGACAGGCACAUCGUUCAAAUUUAUCGACGAAGCCGAAAAAGCCAUCGUGAACUAUUUCCAUUCGCAUGAAGGCGUUGACAUUGAGAAUUUGGUGAUACAGAAAAUUGCGCUAGAAAAAGAGGGCAAGAUUUUUGACCGCGUGGACUUUUUCUUCAACUUGAUGUACAAGUGGCGCGACGAUGUGCUCAAGGCUGAUUUCAUCUACAUCGCGGCGCAUUCACAGGGUGUCCCCGUUACUACUAUUUUGUUGGGAAAACUCAUCUCCCUGGGGUUCUUCGAAGGUAGCUCACCGAAACAGAAGAUUGGCAUCUUGGGGAUGGCUGGGAUCAACAAUGGUCCCUUCUUUGGCAUGGACCAGGCAUUGUUUGUGAAGUUGUACAAGACAUUGGAGAAUGAGAGCUUGUUGGAGUUGUUUGAGUUCCAGAAGAUGGGGACCUUGCAAUCAGCCAAGUUAUUGGAGAGCUUGAAGAUUGUGAUUAACUACAAUGUGAAAAUCUGCUAUGUUGCCUCCUUAAACGAUCCCUUGGUGCCUGUUUACAGUGCGCUUAACUUGGAGUACAACCAUGCCAAUAUCUAUCGCGGAAUCUUUAUCGACGAAAACCCAUCCACCACCUCUCCGUUCUUGAAAAAGUUGCUCGAAAUGAACCUCAACUUGCUCAACACAGGCCACAAAGACCACGGGUUGCUAAAAAAUCUCUCCAAGUUCUUGCAGGGGCCUUUAACAGGGUCUGGGCACUCUACCCUCUACGGAGACUCCAACGUCUACCAGUCAAGCUUGCAGUUUAUCCUCGAAACAACCACGGGGUCAUCCAGCAAAGACAACAGCAAGAAUAAUGUCUUGGCAAUCACCAUGGCGUCUGGGCACGAGCAGUUUGAGGCAAGAAAGUUGUCACAGCAAGGCGGGAAUCCGUAUAUCACACCAUGGUGUUUACGGGGGAUGCUCACCGAGUAUGGUGAAACCUACGGAAAUAAAGAAGGCACGCAAGGGGAGAUGGAUCUUGCAGAGUUAGUUGACGUGUUCGACACGUGGAAGCCGGAAGAAAAGAGUUUGAAACAGUUGAAAUACUCGUUGAGCGGGUUAAAGGCUAAAUUAUAGGACUAUAGGUAACUAUGACGGAUACAUGCUCCUUUAAAAGUAUCAUAAACGUAGG